AAGAAAGCCAAGAUUUAGAAAAGAAUCCUUGAAUCUAGCACUGUUCCAUGCCAACUUAAUGAGAGGGUACAAAAUCUGGGUAUGGCUGAUGUAGCUGGUGUGACAGUCCCGAGAGCCUCUACAUCACAGCUGUCUCCACCAUGAAGAUCAUCGGGGGGCUCCUUCUGCUCUGCACAAUGACUCAUUUCUUCAGCAACUCGGAAGCUGCUAGUCUGCCUUUAACAACACAGGUGGACUGCAGCAUUUAUAAGAAGUACCCAGUGGUGGCCAUCCCCUGCCCCAUCACAUACCUGCCCGUUUGUGGUUCUGACUACAUUACCUAUGGGAAUGAAUGCCACCUAUGCAUUGAGAACUUGAAAAGUAAUGGAAAAGUUCAGCUUCUUCAUGAAGGAAGAUGUUAACUUCUCCACAGACAUGGGUACGGAGCGAUGGUAUCUUCACAGUCAUUGUCAUCAUCCCCGGGCUCUGACUGCCUUUUCCCUCAUCUUGGCCAGCGCUCUGGGUAGGGGCAGAGACAGAUUCAGAGUCAUCUUUGUUGAGUGGAGAAAGUUGUUGUGGUCUUCCUCAAACUCAUGCCUCACUGACUUCGGGCUUCUUUUUGUACCUCAAUAAAAGAAUCUCCCCAGAGAGUUUAUCUUUACUUCUGCUUGUAUUUGUUUCUUAGAUUGGGAUGUAAUAUCUCAGUUUAAAAAUAAAACUGAGGGAUAUAUAAAUCUUC